AUGGAGUAUGGCGUUUAUAUUCAGCAUACUUCUGAAGGCGGUAUGAUUCUAGUGUGUCUCUAUGUUGAUGACGUAUUGCUGACAAGAAGCUGUUCAGAUGAGAUAAUGAAGUUCAAGAAGGUGCUUAUGAAUGAGUUUGAGAUGACUGGUAUGGGAAAUAUGAUAUAUUUUAUAGGGAUGGAGAUUUUGUACUCUAAGAAGGGUAUCAUUUUGUAUCAACUCAAGUAUGAACUUGAACUUCUGAAGAGAUUUGAGCUGACAAAUUGCAAGAUUGCAAUCGCACUUGCUGAAACAAAUCACAAGUUGGAUUCUGAUGUUGAGGAUGAUGAUGUAGAUGCUAAAACUUUUAAACAAUUGGAUCUGAAGAUAAAAGUGAACAAGCAUAUGAAGUUGAUGAUUGACAACAAAUCAUCCAUAAGUCUUACCAAAAAUCCAGUGCUGCAUGGAAGAAGCAAAUACUUGUGUCCUGAACCCUAUCCGGAGGAGAAUUUGGAGUUUCUUAAAUCACAGAAUAUUCGUCUAUUUCAAUUUGGAAUUGAGGGGAAAACGGAAGUUUCUUUACCUAUUCUCAGUGAUUCUAUUAUGGAGGCUUUGAAAAUUUUACUUGAUGUGAGAAAUCACCCUGUUUUGAUUCAUUGCAAACGAGGAAAGCAUAGAACAGGUUGUGUAGUUGGUUGCUUCAGAAAGAUGCAGAACUGGUGUCUGUCUUCUGUGUUUGAGGAGUACCAACGCUAUGCUGGUGCUAAAUCCAGGACAACGGAUUUAACAUUUAUAGAGAUGUUUGACAUCAUAAAUCUUAGGCAGUGCCUCUACAGCAUCAUCUACCAGUAUCAAGGUGCUUCAAAGAAGCGCAGAUUGAUGUAUCAAGGCGAGACUACGCAGAAGCCACCCCGUUUGACAUCGUUUUAGCUGCUGCACUGGCUAUCAACUCCAUUUUUGGAUUUGGUAGAGAACUCAUACUUCAAAGUAAUUUUUUGGAGUCUUUGAACAUAUAUCCUUAGGGUUUUUAAAGAUCUUUUGAGUACUGCUAUUGACAUGCA